UUAAGUAUCUCUUACAAGGACAAAAUAAUACCAGGGAUAACCUCAACAUGUACAAGGGGAGAACAUACAAACUGGACAUAAAGAAUUCUGGCAGGAAUCUUAAACUAUAACUUAGGCAUUAUAUGGCAACAGCGAAAGCCCCACUAAAAUAUGUAAUUCCAUAUGCUUAGAAUCAUUGUUGGAAAUUAUUCAUAAUAACGUGCCCCGCCGAUCUGUAAUUUGUAUAUUGCAAAUUAAUGUCGAAAUCACUUGAUUAAAAAUAUAUUGUUAAACCUUUUCCUCACACUUACCUCUCACACUCAGCAUACAGUACUGUGUAUCUGUUUCCAAUCGUGUUUUACAAAUAGAGCCUUAACGUGAGAUUUUUUUGCCCCCUUGUGCAUAAACCCAGUUUACCCUAAUCUCCUUCGGCUAAACGUCAAGCGGCGAACUCUCGCAGACAGCCUCGCGUUGUUGUGACGUUGGCUCAUUUAAGCGCCCGCGGGCUUGCGAUAACAAAGUGCAUGCUCCUCAACGUCGUAAAGCGAAAUGUACGUGUGCUGUUUCAUGUUCAAUGUGGCGCUGGCAGCGCUGUGGCAGACUAUAAAUGCUAAUGUGCCGGCCCGUUCUUUUGUCGUUCCUUUUGAGGUUACCCCUUUCCCACUGCGUCUCAUCAGCCCACGAGUGAAAGUACCAUUUGGUGACGAGAUCCCUGUGGCGGUGCGACGCGUCCUAACACAACCUGUCUUGCUUCCGGGGGCCGCUGCCAAUCCUGGCGUGUCGGUAAAGUGUGGAGCAGUCAUGAUGGAAGUCCGUGUGCGGAAGAAUUUCCUUGGCGUGGGCAGUGUAGCCUCGGAGCUCAAGCUAGGGUCUCACUGUCGGAGCAAUGUGGUGGACCGGGAAAGAGGAGAUUUGUUGUUCGUCUACCCGCUGCGGGCCUGUGAAACCAGACGUCUGGUGCUUCCUGGCAAGGUGAUCUAUAAAAAUGUACUUCAUUAUGUCCCAAGAAAAAAUUUGGGAAUUAUUCGGAGGAGUCAUUCAGUUGCCAUCCCCAUUGAGUGCUUCUAUUACAAGUUUCAUCAUGUUUACAAGCUUGUGGCACACCCUGUUUUUAAAACUGCAAUUGUUGCAAAAGCACUAGAAAGCCAGCUUGGUUUCCAGCUAAAAUUAAUAAACAGCACAUGGAUAGAUUCUCGGAAGAAGGAAUACCAAAUUGGACAAAUCGUGCAGUUGCAGGCUAUUAUUAAUCUUGAUGAUAAAAAGAAAAAGCUUUAUGUCAAGUAUUGUUUUGCAACAAUGUCUCCAAAUCAUCGUUCAAAGCCUCAGUACGUCUUGGUUGAUAAUUAUGGAUGCUUGAUGGACAGUAAGUUUGGAUCUGGACAGUCCCGUUUUGUACCCCCUCGAAAGUACAACAUGAUUAGAAUGGAUGUGAAGGCUUUUCAGUUCAACCGAAAACCAAAUUCUGAGAUCUAUAUUCACUGUUCCAUGGUUCUGACAGAUAAUCAUCCACCAACAGAGAUGACCAAGUCCUGCAGCUAUAACCAAGUCACACAGAGAUGGGAAGAACUGGAGGGUUUGGAUGAAGUGUGCCAGUGUUGUGAUUCUACGUGUGGAGAGCGCUUUCACUCAUCAAAUCCUGGCAAGUAAUUAAAACAUAGUUGGAGGAAUGUAAAGACCUAACAAAAAUGCCUGGAGUUUAGUUGGGAAGGAGACUUUAGGUAGGUUUUGGUAUAUGCUGAGUUGGCACUGAUGGAUAGACAAGAUUCUAUGUUCUGUAUAAAUGUUCUACCACACAUUAUAACACAAGCUGGUUCUCCAUAUGUUGUGUUCAUG